CGCCGCAGCUGAUGGUGUUCCGCAACGUGGGUCGGCCGCCUGAGGAGGAGGACGCGGAGGCGGCUUCGGAGCCAGGACCCUCGGAACUGCUGUGUCCCCGGCACCGCUGUGCCCUGGACCCCAAGGCCCUGCCACCGGGCUUGGCGCUUGAGCGGACCUGGGGCCCGGUGGCUGGACUAGAGGCUCAGUUGGCGGCUCUGGGGCUGGGGCAGCCGGCGGGGCCGGGGGUCAAGACAGUCGGAGGGGGCUGCUGCCCAUGCCCAUGUCCGCCUCAGCUGCCCCCUCCGCAGCCCCAGGCGCCUGCUGCCACCCCGCAGGCCGGGGAGGACCCCACAGAAACGAGCGACGCACUGUUGGUCCUGGAGGGCUUGGAAUCGGAGGCCGAGAGCCUGGAGACUAACAGCUGCUCGGAAGAGGAGCUCAGCAGCCCGGGCCGUGGAGGAGGAGGGGGCGGCCGGCUUCUGCUGCAGCCCUCAGGCCCCGAAUUACCCCCAGUGCCCUUCCCGCUGCAGGACUUGGUCCCUCCAGGGCGCCUGAGUCGAGCGGAGCAGCAGCAGCAACAACCUCCCCCGCCGCCGCCACCUCCUGGGCCCCUCCGGCCGCUCGCGGCUCCUUCUCGUAAGGGCUCCUUUAAAAUCCGCCUCAGUCGCCUCUUUCGCACGAAGAGCUGCAACGGUGGCUCCAGCAGUGGGGAUGGAACCGGCAAGAGGCCUUCUGGAGAGCUGGCUGCUUCAGCUGCGAGUCUGACGGACAUGGGAGGCUCUGCGGGCCGGGAGCUGGACCCGGGGAGGAAACCCAGGUUGACAAGAACUCAAAGUGCCUUUUCUCCGGUCUCCUUCAGUCCCCUGUUCACAGGUGAAACAGUGUCGCUUGUGGACGUGGACAUUUCUCAGCGGGGCCUGACUUCUCCACACCCUCCAACUCCCCCUCCUCCUCCAAGAAGAAGCCUCAGCCUCCUAGAUGAUAUCAGUGGGACGCUGCCUACAUCCGUCCUUGUGGCUCCGAUGGGGUCUUCCCUGCAGUCUUUCCCCCUACCUCCGCCUCCUCCACCCCAUGCCCCAGAUGCGUUUCCCCGGAUUGCCCCCAUCCGAGCAGCUGAAUCCCUACACAGCCAGCCCCCGCAGCACCUCCAAUGUCCCCUCUACCGGCCUGACUCUAGCAGCUUUGCAGCCAGCCUUCGAGAGUUAGAGAAGUGUGGUUGGUAUUGGGGACCAAUGAAUUGGGAAGAUGCAGAGAUGAAGCUAAAAGGGAAGCCAGAUGGUUCUUUCUUGGUACGGGACAGUUCCGAUCCUCGUUAUAUUCUGAGCCUCAGUUUCCGAUCACAGGGUAUCACCCACCACACUAGAAUGGAGCACUACAGAGGAACUUUCAGCCUGUGGUGUCAUCCCAAAUUUGAGGACCGCUGCCAAUCUGUAGUAGAAUUCAUUAAGAGAGCCAUCAUGCAUUCCAAGAAUGGAAAGUUUCUUUAUUUCUUGAGAUCCAGGGUUCCAGGAUUGCCACCAACUCCAGUCCAGCUGCUCUAUCCAGUGUCCCGAUUCAGCAAUGUCAAAUCCCUCCAGCACCUUUGCAGAUUCCGGAUCCGACAACUCGUUCGGAUAGAUCAUAUCCCGGAUCUCCCACUGCCUAAACCUCUGAUCUCUUAUAUUCGAAAGUUCUACUACUAUGAUCCUCAGGAAGAGGUAUACUUGUCUCUAAAGGAAGCGCAGCUCAUUUCCAAACAGAAGCAAGACAUGGAACCCUCCACGUAGCGAGGGGCCCCCUGCUGGUCACCACCAAGGGCAUUUGGUUACCAAGCUCCAGUUUGAAGAACCAAUUGAAGCUACCAUGAAAAGAAGAAUAGGAAGGUUUGGGAUUCUAUGUUCAAAGACUAUGGUUUCUCCUGCAGCCCCUGGGGCUUGGAAGAAGCACACAACCAGAGUCUGAGUUGAGGACUCCACCAUUCAUAUCCACCCAUGGUAUCCCAGAACUAGAUGAGCUCUUUGAAAAACUGGAAGAAGUCUCAACACUGUUUGUUUUCAGAAGUUUUGUUUUCAAUAUUUGCAUUUCUCAGUAUGGAAAACUCACCUUGAAGGCAGCUGGGUUUUGGAAGUGGUGUGAAGGGUGAGCAGGUCCAAAGAAGGGCAGGGAGGAAAGGAGGCACCAUUUACAUUCAGUUGGUGCCAAAGGUAGAGUUAGGGUCUUCACCAUGGACUUUGCAUUAUGGAGGUGAAGCCAGAGAAGUGCAAACAGGAUUAGAAGCUGGAAGGGAGGAGAAUCUGCUUCUCAUUGUUAGCUUUAGUAGGAGAGAAAGGAGGGCAGGUAGUCUGGAAGAAAAGAAUGUUGGAUAAAAACUGGCAAAUGGCCUUUGCUAGAGGAAGUAGUGACUCCCUACAUCCUUUCCUUUUUAGGGUUUAGGAACCUAACUUCAGAAUCACCUCUCUUGGAAGCUAUAUUUAUUUUGUUUUACUUAAUUCCUUAAGCUCUAAGACCUGAAGUUAACCCUGUUCUCCCUUCACCCUCCUUAGUCCCUUCCUCUGAGGUAAUUGUACAUUUCACUCCAGUCAUGGGAACAUCAUUCCUAUUGCUUUCACCAGCUGUCAAGAAAAUAGUGUUUCUCAUCACCUGAGUAGUUCAGAGCUCUAGUCAUGGAGUCAUUCCGUGUUUAAUGGAGCAUGCUUCCAGAUUCUUCAUGGAAAACUCUAUCUACGAUUUAGGAGUCAGCAUUACCUCCAUAUGUCUGUCAGAGAGUGAGAGGGAAUGUGGAGGAAGGUGAGAAGCAAAGCUAUUGUGCUCUUCUUAGAAGAAACCUUGAAUGUACCAGCCUUAAUGGGAUUUUCUUAGUUCAGGGGAAGAGAGCGUCAUAUCUUGUGUUUUUAGGUUUAUCAUUGUCGUGCCACUUCUAUGACGGGAGGUAGCAAGGGCUUCUUCAUUUUCCUGCAUUCAUUCUAGCAACCCAGACAUUUCCUGAGUCAGUUUCCUUUGCCCUCCAUUCUUUGGGAAGUCUUGUCAGAUGCUAAUUUGAGAAUUGCCUGUUUUCUAGGUGAAUAUGGAAGGGGAAGGAGAAAAACUCAGUACUUUUCAGUUGUCUUUAAGUUUUUUGCACCUGAUCAUUGUCAAAUCAUAAAACAUUGUGAGUUUGCUUUCCUCCAGUUAUUCUAUGGAGAGGUUUGCUAUUGAGAUGUCAUAGCAUAGUUGAGCUGUUGGGUCUUAUUACUCUUCUACAGGAAGUGUUCCACCAAAUGUGGGUCCCCUGUGCUUAUUUCUGCUUCAGCUCACAAGAUAAAUCACAUUGUCAGGUUUGUGGUCUGCUGAUAGUUUGGGAUGAGACUCCAGUGUCUUAGUAAUUUAUAGGACCGCCUCAUUUGGAAGCACUGGCCUUUGACCUUAUACCCUGCAUAGAAUGUCCAGUCUUCCUUCUUGUAGCUGAAUAUAGGGGAAACUUGAAUCAUUACCUGGCCAUAAAGAAAUGAGCCCAAAAAUGAGCUUUGCAGCACAAACCUCUCCUAUUUCUGAUAUGUCCUGUGGUAUACCUUUUUUCUUUGGCCUCCAGGGAAGUAUUACUAACUAAAUAAGAUUGGGAUCCCAGAGUUCAACUAAACCUCCAGAGUCUUGCCUCUGGAGGGUAAAGUCACUCUCCAUCUUAUAAAAACAGUCACUCCAUUGUAGAGCCUGAAGUCUGGAAUCCAUUGAUGUUCUUUGAGUGGCUAAUAUGCAACUGCCUGGGAUUGUUUUUCUGUCAUUUUAGCCACUCGUUAUUAUUAAUAAUUUUUUUAAAAUUAGAGUGUAUGUGGCUCUGGGCUAGAUACUGUGGAAAACAUAAGAGGUAGAAGACAUGAUCCUUACCUAAGAGAGCUUUCAGGUAACUGCCACACAUGAAGCAACUGGAGAGCGACUCAUUGUGGCAGAGAAUCAUCACGUGCAGAGUGGGUGAGUUCGGGGGAGACCAGAUGGUCUAGGAAAGCUCUGUGGCAGUGAGGCUUUGGGUUGUAGGCGGGGGCAGUACCAUGAGAAAAGAAACACAUGAACAAAAGCAAGGAAACAGCAGUCUGUGUGGCGUGUACUGAAUAGUGCGUAGCCCUACUCGGAGCAACGACAUUAAAAAACCCUAUUUCAGGGCAGUGGUCGGGACUGAAACUUCAUAAUCUUCAGAUAGGUCUGGAAACUGAGAGAUUAUAAUGAUGAGGUUAGAAGUCAAAGCCAAAAGUUGGCAGGGUGCCUGUACAUUGCCCAGGACCUCACUAUUCUUGUCAGCUCAGGCCCUGUGAGGGAAGCAGAGCCCCUAUACCCACUAUGGUGCUGGGGUUUCCACUGGAUAAUUCAUACACUCAGGUAAAAAAUCAAACCAGCUAUGAAUGGCCUCACCUCACCACCCACCUUCUCUGUCCUCCUUGGAAAAGUAUUGAACUCUGUCCAUGGUCCAUCUGUGCUUAGGCACUCUCAGACUAUAGACUGAUCCUUCUUCAAUAGAUUGGGCUGCAAAACAAAACUGCACAAGAGUCUCCACCAUGCAUGGGUAUUUGACAGCUGUAAGGGUGACCUUGUGUAGAGCAAGUUAGGCAAGGAAUGAGGGUGGCAUCUGGGGCAGUGACAAGUGCAUGCUGGCUAAAGAGUCAGCAGAGCAGAGGGAGCAGGAGCAGGGCUAGUGGCCAGUACUUGGCCUUCACUCUUUGCCAGUGCUGUGCACUACUAAUUGAAAUGCACUGAAAAGAAGGAACUCAUUCCUUUCUGGUUGUUACAAAUUAAAGUCACAAACUGGGAAAGGCUCUCUUCUCUAGGGACCCACUGUUGAUUUCUAAGUUGUUUGAUGUUAGUAUCCUCAGGCCCUGCUUGUGUGACUUUCACCUAUUUAUGACUGAUCUGCUGUAAUCUUCCUCAGGACAGGUGUGAGCCAAUGUGAGCUAGUGACAACUACUGCUACAACCUGCCAUUACUUGAAAUACGUGUGCUAUGUUGAGAGCACAGGAGUAGGAGGGUGGCACUUUAGUGUGGGGGGCUAGAUAAAUGCCUGUCACUGGCCCUUAAGGAGCUUAGGACCAUUGACAAUAGCCUUGGCCUGGUGCCCCACCUGUGAAGAUGAAGAGAAUGUAGCAUCCUGCAGUGGGAGCCGUGUAUGUUUAUGCCAGUCCCUGAGGAGAGAGAUUUGGCAGGGAAUUGCCUCUGAGGUUCCUCCUCCUGCCGCCUUUCCUAAUUUUCACUUGGGCUGAUUGUGUAAGGCUCUUAUUGAGUUUGGGAGUGACGUGGAGAUAGCUGCACACACUCCUCCAGUGUAUACCCCAGGAGGAUUGGGGGGGUCAGGAGUGGUCAGAGUACCCAGAUCCAGGUAUAAGAAACUGGAAAGCUGGAAGUGCCCUGGUGAGCCAGCCUUUUCAGCCCUCAUCCCUGAGCCCCCAGCAGAGUAUAGCCUAUUAAGCACCCUAACUCAGCAGGAAAUGUGGAUAGGAGGAGCUUUCAAACCCCCAAGGUGAGAUCUUUCCCUUCCCUGUUUCCUCUUCCUUAGCUUUUGAGCCUGGAAUUUAGAGAACCAGGCUCCAAGAUGUAGCUCUGUGGCUCUUAGAGGGAAGUCUACAAGUCUGUUUGAGUGUGAGUGUGUGUCUUCAUUUGCCCAAGUCUUGUCACCAGUCCGGGUGUUGCAAGCAUAUCCACUGGAGGAGGCUGGGAUUUGUUUUCCACUUCUAAGAGAAUGACAUGCCCCCUGUGCAUAGGGGAGGAGCUUUUGAAUUAGACAUUUUCCCUAUGGGAAUCCUCUUGGUUUGGGUUGGUGGGGGGUGGAUAAGUAGUUUUUAUCUCUAAUCGUCAACACAGCUGUUCUUACACUGAAUUGUGCUAUUGCAUACAUGUAGCCAUCUUUCUUUUCACUGCAGCAGUGUUUAUCAGUAGUUCAAAAUGAUUUAUUUGCUCCUGGGGAGUAAAACCUUUUUUAUUAAAAAAGAAAAAAAAAAAAAGAAAAAAUUGCCCCACUAUGAUAGCUUUAGGAUUAUUGGACCUCAAAGGUCAAGUCUGCACGUCCCUGUGACAUAUUCUGUUUUGGCACUGGAGGCUUCAUGCUCAGCCCAAAAUGACAGGAGGGCUUGAGCAAAUGAAGAACAAAGUCUUGGGGGUAGUGAGAUGGGGUUGAACUACAGAGACAGGCACUGGGGACUCGGGUACUGCGGUUAAGAAACAGGAAUAAGUCGCAUUUAAUAUAUUGAUUCUCUAAUCUGUCAGAGAAGGACCUUUAUUCACAUGCAAAUUUCAUAUCAUCUUUGUCCUUUUCAUUGAUUGGCCUUCCUGAUAGGUGUCACCUAAUUUCUUCCUGUCUCCUUUUCUGUCCUUUUUGUACCUUCCCCCUUCCCACUCUCAUCUACCUCCCGGGAAGCCAGUCCUGCAUGCUAAGUGUGUGACAUGCCUUCACUCCCAUUUCAUCUUCAGAGGGUUUUAGAGGGUACCUGGAACUGCUCCCUUCCCCUCUCCUACCCCCUCCUCCAGAACAUCAAGGAGCAUCAAGGGGCAGGCAAAAGGCAGCCAGCCAUGAUGGGAAGACAUGAAUGUCUGGUUGCAGCUGGACUGCGAUUGAAGUUGCUCCUGGAGAUAGUGUGUGAGGAAAACGGGACACUCCUCGUCAGAACCCAGGGUGAUCGUGUGCUGCACACACAGCUGCGCUCAGAGCUGCGUCCUCAGCUCCCUAACCAGUUCAGGUGGAGCGGGCAGGCUGGUCUGAUGACUCCAUCCCUGGUGCUCUGUUGAGGGAGGACCAAGGCACCGCUCUGGGUAGGCCGGUCGUUGGGGUGCCCCAAAUUGGUGCUGCCCAUGGCACAACCACUGCUAUACUUUUUGGUUGUUUUUAAGAAACUCAAGAGGGGUGUCAUUCUGGGCUCUUGUGGUUGCCAAUUUUUCACCAGACACCCCUGCAACCACUCUGUCCUCUUAAGCCACCCCUGCCCUCCUCCAAGCCAAAGUGUGGCCUGGCUUUUGUCUUCCCAUUUGGUUUUCCUCCUUUUCUCUCCCUUUUUGUGCUUAAUUUAUUAAAAUAGUUGCUGUAUAAUUUAUUUUCAUAAAUAUAAAAAAUGACUAAAUGGUUAAAAUAGACUUGCAGGCCAAUCUUAAAUUGGGUGGGAGGGUUUGAGGGUGGGAUGGGGAGAGGGAAAGCUGUUUUGAUAUAAACAAAACAAAUGCACUUUGGGUGUGUUUUGGUAUUUUUCUGGGGAUAGAGGGGGUGGGUGUUGGGAAGUCCCUGUAGAUUAGUUCCAGAAUGAGGUGUCUGUAUAUACUGUAUUAAUAGGCAUGUUUGACUCUUGUAAAGGGACAUUAGUAGCUGCUGCAGGUCCUGUUUGGAAAUCCCAUGUACAAUUCCCAGUUUUUUGUAAGUGUCAGUGCGGGAGACAUUUGACUCUUGUGUUUGUAUCUCCUUUUUAUGAUUGCUGUACCGACCCAUGUCUUUUUGGGGAGGGGAGAAAAGAGAUUUAAAAUAAAAAUGUUUAGAAAUUA